UCUGGUUUAACCCCCCCUUUUCAACCUCUUCUCUACGCACAGACAAAAAUUACAAAUUGUAUACAUAAAUCAAUCAAACAGAUUAUACAAAUUAUAUUACAAUAAUUCUGUAUUCGCAAUUAUACGUUUCGAAGAUUAUAUGUAUAUAUAUGUAUGUAAGUAUAUACAGUGAUCACUGAUUCUUCUGAUUUUUUUCGGUUUCGUGAGAGUUUACAAUCCGAUGGCAGCUACGACAAUGGCGGCGACGGCGGCGGGGGCUGUGGUGCUGCUGUACUACGUAGUUAGCCGGAGGAUUUCAUCGGCGGCGGAUGGAGAAGAUUCCUCCGGCGGCGAUUACUCGAAAUCGAUGAGUAGAUCGGCGAAGAAACGGUUGUCACGGAGGCCAGCUCAGGCGCCGGCUACUUGGCUGGAGACUAUUUCGACUCUGUCGGAAACUUUGAGGUUUACGUACUCGGAGACGUUGGGAAAGUGGCCGAUCGGUGAUUUGGCUUUCGGAAUUAAUUAUCUUAUUCGGAGGCAGGGCGAUUUACAAGUUGCAAGUGUAUACGCCGGCGAAAAUUCUGUGCAGUUGAAGGCUCCUGAAAUUGUACAUAAAUUAUAUUACUAUUUAAGAUUACUUACCCUCUGCAUGCUUUUCUCCAAAAAACCCUUUCCGGUAUUUUUGAGUACUGCUGGAUUUACCGAAGCAGAUGUUCUUCUUCAGAAGCCGAAAGCAGGGAUUCUGAAGCCUGCGUUCACAAUUAUACGUGAUGAAAGCUCAAAGUGCUUCCUUCUCUUGAUUCGUGGCACUCACAGCAUUAAAGAUACGUUGACUGCAGCCACUGGGGCGGUAGUCCCUUUUCACCAUUCGGUUUUGCAUGAUGGUGGGAUAAGCAAUCUGGUUUUAGGGUACGCACAUUGUGGGAUGGUUGCUGCAGCUCGAUGGAUAGCGAAGCUAAGUACCCCGUCUUUGCUCAAGGCUCUUGAACAAAACCCCGACUAUGAGGUGAAGAUUGUUGGCCAUUCACUUGGUGGUGGUACAGCUGCAUUGCUUACAUACAUCCUUAGAGAACAAAAAGAAUUUACAGCAACUUGCGUUACUUUUGCACCAGCUGCCUGCAUGACAUGGGAGCUGGCUGAAUCAGGGAAAUACUUCAUCACCACAAUAAUCAACGGCUCAGAUCUGGUGCCCACGUUUUCAACUGCUUCCAUAGACGAUCUUCGCUCAGAGGUAACAGCAUCAUCUUGGUUAAACGAUCUCCGUGAUCAAGUCGAACGAAACCGAGUCUUGAAUGCUAUUUACCGUUCCGCCACUGCUCUCGGGUCCCGCCUACCCUCAAUAUCGAACGCAAAAGCAAAGGUAGUUGGUGCAGGUGCACUUUUACGACCAGUCUCGAGCAGCACUCAGGUUGUGAUGAAACGUGCACAAGAUGUAGCACAGGCAGUUGUUAUAUCAUCUUGGUCAUGUGUGGGCCCCAGAAAACGUGCUUUCUCCCCUCCAUCAAACCCUAUAACAGAAAAUUCGCCCGACGAGGUUUCUCUUAUUACCGAAGAAUCUCUUACAAGUGAUGUAAUAACCAACAAUUCCGAUUCAAACAAGAACGAAUACUGUUCAUCAAGUUGCAGUGAGACUGAACAUGAAGAAACCGAUGAAGAUGAAGAUAUGGUUAAGGUGGUGGAUAAAGCAGUUCCUUCAUCGACCAAUGGCGAGAUUACAGAAGGGCAAUUAUGGUACGAACUGGAAAAAGAGCUGAGUGGGGUCCACGCAGAAAUCCAGGAAGAAGAAGAAGCUGUGGCGAAGGAGAUAACCGAAGAGGAGAAAGUGUUUGCUGAUGGAGUCGAAAGCUAUACGCCUAUUUCCUCGUUCGAUGCUUGUGAUAGUUAUAAAUUCUAUCCACCCGGCAGGAUAAUGCAUAUUGUUUCUGUUCCUUCUUUGUUAGAGUCGGGUGAUGACGUGGCACCACCGGCUGAAGAGAAAGUCGGGAUUUACGAGACGCCAAGAGAGUUGUACAGUAAGCUUCGAUUGUCUAGGACUAUGAUAAAUGACCAUUAUAUGCCAAUGUACAAGAAAAUGAUGGAACUUUUGAUUAAACAGCUUGAAGAUGAGUUAGAUUGUAGUUAACAAUGUCGAAAAAAACGAGUAAUAAUAAUAUAUUGAUUGCGCCUCGAAUUUGGCCUCUG